AUGAAGUUCACCGUCGCCAUCCUCGCUCUCGCUCUCCAGGUAGCAGCCGAGCAGCACAUCGUGGCUCGUAAUGCAUCCGUCAUCAGCGGCCUGCUAUCCUCGACCCUCACCAGCCUGACCAUUGCCGACACCCAGGUCAAGGCCUACCCCGGUACUCAUGGCCUCCGCGGGGCCAACACGAACCUAUACAAGACGAUCAAGAAGAACACCAAGACGGCGAAGGCUAUGCCCGAACUCACGUUCGAGGACGCGAAGGCCAUCGGCGCCCUCUCGAGACGCGUCUCCGCCGCCGGCGACUCCUACAUCAAGGACCUCGGUGCCGCCGCGCCGCACUUUGCGGCAGCUGGUGUCUGCACGUACCUGGAACAUUACACCAUUAACCUGAGCGCCGCCUUCGGCGAGUUCUUCACGGCCAUCGACGCCAAGUUCCCCGCCGGGGUGCAGGUCGCGGCGCAAGGGCACUUCGCCGAGCUCAGCGCGCUCUUCCUCGGCGCCGAGAAGGCGCUCGCGCCCCCCAACUGCGUCAACCAGAUCGAGCCGCCCAGGAUGCACGGCAACCACAGCGGCCAUGGCGGCCAUGGCGCCGGCCACAAACCGGCCCCGGUCGUCACGGCUGGCGCGUCUGGCAUGGCUGGAUUGAUCAGCGAGCUGUCCCCUGUCGCUGCUUUGGCGGCGGUGGUGGCGGCCUUUUUCUGGUCGCUUGAAUGA